GGCGCAACAACGCUCGGUAGCGCAUGGGGCGAGCCACGGCGGGCAGUGCGCGGCGGUCCCGGCGGGGCAGCGCGGCCGCCAGUUCCCCCGCGGGCGGGAGCCGCCGGGGGCGAGGGAAGAAGGCGGACGGCUCCCCGGCCGGGCCGGGGGCGCAGGCAGAGCCCCCCGGCCCCGGCACCUUCAAUCUGGGGGCGCAGAGCAGGCGCUGGGCCGCCUUCCAGGAGCGGCACCGGCUGAGCUGCGAGGAGGCGGCGCGGCUGCUGCUGGACGCCUAUGAAUACAGAGGUUUGGUCAAACACACAGGAGGCUGUCACUGCGGAGCCAUCCGCUUUGAGGUCUGGGCUUCAGCAGAUCUGCAUGUUUUUAAUUGCAAUUGCAGCAUUUGCACAAAGAAACAGAACAGACACUUCAUUGUCCCAGCGUCGCGUUUCAAGUUGCUGAAGGGUGCUGAUAAUUUGACAACAUACACCUUCAACACACAUCGUGCCCAGCACACAUUCUGCAAGACCUGUGGCGUACAGAGCUUUUAUACUCCUCGUUCUAAUCCAGAUGGUUAUGGAAUAGCUCCCCAUUGCCUGGAUGAUGGCACCGUGCAGACCAUUGUCACAGAGGAUAUCAAUGGCAAGGAAUGGGAGAAGGCAGUGAAGGAACAUAAGACCAUCAGAGACAUGUCAAAACCCUGACACAACCUUCCAGCAGCUGAACUUGGAGCACUGCUGUGGAACUGUAGUCUGGGCUUUCCUGGGUGAGGGUUGGCAAAAUCAAUCUCUACAUUAUUGUUAUCUGUUCUCUGUUUCUUAAAUAAAUCUUUCUACGCUGCCUGUCCCA